AUGUUGUUGCCUUGGACAUAUGUUGAAAUACUUGAUAACAUUUACCUGAUAGGCUUUGAAUUUGAAGCAGACAACGAUGAGGAACAGCUGAGAUUGCGCUUCCAUGGGGAUGAGGGGUUAUUCCCUGGUGGGACAGAUCUCCCGUACAACGGACAGUAUCCUCAACUCGAUAAGUCGGACUUACGGAGUCGUAUGAUCAUGGGUAGAGAGGGUCUCCGAAAUGCUUUUCGGUUACUAGGCAUGGCAAGAACGCUGCAAGAUCAUAAAUAUUACCGAAAGUGCAAUCUUGUCUGUGAUCUACCAUAUUUCGAGGCUCCACGCUUUGUGAAGUUAGAGAGCUUCAUAGCUAAAAACUAUGAAACUGAAGCAGGAAUUACUCUAACUAAGCGGCAUGUCGGGCUUGCUAAUUGUUGGGUCAAAUAUAGUCGGGACAUUGUUUUGAACACUGAAGGCAAAGGAGAAGCCAUGUUGAUAUGUGAAAAACUUUUCUAG